GAACUCGAGCCUCCCCUCUAUGGCUAUGGCACCCGUUAACACCUUUAGGAAAGUGGAUUGGCGAUACAACGACUGAAGGAAAAAAAAAUCAAUAUCACUUUGUAAAGACAGGUUUAUUGCCCAGGUCUAUUUCCAUGGGUAGAACUUAUGUUCCAGAUUUGAAAGACCGUGGGGGGAAAGUUUACCCUGUGUGCUGAUGUGUCGUUUGGAUACGACCCGUAGGUAUGUACGCCACCUUUAAGGUCACUCAGUCGCUCUGAUCACUUAUAGGAUAGUCACCGUUCCAAAAGACGUAAGUAUUGGAUUGAGUUGGGUGGUAAACAGCUUCUUGAGCUAUACAUUAUUUUUCUUCCUCAAUUUUCGACUCAUUACUCGUGCUUUCGAUGUGAAAUAUCUCUUCAAAUAACUUAACAAUAAUGUCUCUCGGGUAAUUACCAUAAUUGCUAUGCAACUUAAAAUCAGUGGUUCUCAACCUUCCUAAUGCCGCAACCCUUUAAUACAGUUCCUCGUGUCGUAAUGACCCCCAAACGUAAAAUUUUCGUUGCUUCUUUAUAAAUAUGUGUAUUCUGAUGGUCUUAGGCGAACCCUGUGUAAGGGUCGUUCGACCCCCCAAAGGGUUUGUGAUCCACAAGUUGAGAACCGCAGCUUUAAAUGGUGCAGUCUGAAAAGUGUAUAAAUUAGCUGUUAAAGAAACGCAAUAAAAAGUGAUAAUUUUUGGUGGGGUGACGGGUAAUCAUAUGAAAUAGAAUAGAAUUAGCGCAGGCAGGCAUCAAAUAACUUACAUUUUUUAAAAAUAAAUCAUGAUCAAUUUCAUCGAGCUGGUUAAACAUAAACACAGUUUAAUUUUUAACCGUUUAAGAAACCAUCUAUCUUUUGACGGUGAAUCGAGCAAUGAACAAUACGUUUUUGUCAAACAUCAAGUGACAUUCCUUCAUCGGUUUAUUUUCGCGCACAUCAGACGCACCUAAUUAUAAGACACGGGUUUUUGCAAUUUGUGUAAACAAUAUUUUACAUAAGAAGACCUCAUAUAUAAGACGCAUCCUGGGUGCGGAGUACGUAACACUUUGUAUAAGACUAAAAUUAAACGACGAUAAGACUGAGGCAAUUAUUUGUGGUUUAGACGUCAAUCAUCGGAAAGUUGCCAUCGCAUCAAUAAAAAUUGGUGAAUCAGAGAUCCCGUUGUCCUCCACUGUCAGAGACCUUGGCUUAUAUACUGUCAGUAAACUUAGAAUGAUUCCCCAUAACAGCUCUAUGGUCAGGACACGCUUCAAUCAUCUACGCGCCCUGGGUCAGCUGCGUCCUCACCUCAAUAAGAGAACAGUCAAUGCUGUAGCUGUAACUGUAAUCCAGUCAAGAUUAGGUCACUGUAACAGUUGUUUGUGGGGUUUACCUCAGAACCAAAUUCAGAGACUCCAGAAGGUACAAAAUACUGCAGCACGCAUUGUAUCGCGGAUGAAAAAACCUGACCACAUCAGCCCAGUUCUAGGAGAUCUCCAUUGGCUUCAUGUGAGUGAGCGCAUUGACUACACAAUUCUGUCCCUGGCGUAAAGCUGCAUAGAAGGCUCUGCAUCGGAAUAUUUUAGAGAACUGAUUUAUGAACAUGUAUCCUAGAUGAACCUGCGGUCUUCAACACAUUCCUUACUGAAAAUCUCCAGUGUGGAUGAACACAUAAAAAAGUCUUACGGAGUGCGCUCUUUUGAAGUGAUAGCGCCGAAAUUAUGGAAGAACAGUUUGCCUCAAUCUUUGAGGGGGAAUUGAAAAUGAUGCAAAAUCAUUUAAGAAACAUUUAAAGACGUUUUAGUUUAAAUAGAUUUAAGAAAACCAGAGCGCAGUGAGCAUGCUAAAGUGGCAUGGAUACCAGCGCUACAUAAAUAUCCAAUCAAUCAAUCAAUCAAUAUUCGCGAAAGUGCGGUACGUAUCCUGAAAUCAAGCAAAGGCCAAACAAGAUGUCGACUUUCCUCAUAAGCGUUGCUGCUAUCUUCUUUAUGGGCCGUGCCGUCGAAUUUAAUAGCGAUACCAUGGUCAACAUUUGAUAGAUGAUUCUUUCUUUUAAGUGUUAAUGAAAACGAUACAUGAUGGUUCCGCCGCAUCCCACCGCAUCUCACUCUAUCCCAUACACAAUCAGAAGACGUAGAUUCAAUAAAAUUUGUCGGUGGGAUCCCAAUUCCUGAAUUACGUUUUACUUUUCCAAUUGUAGUUUACUAACUGAGUGCACAACUGUGGAUCGCGUCCCUUAACGAAGGAAUAACCGAAAGACCAACCAUGGCUUUAGACCGAAGAUUGGCUUGGAGCUUGGUCAUUCUUUUGGCAAUGUUCAUAAAUUUGUCAGGUAAGGUUUGCCAUGUGAUACAUAUUGUCCGAAAAAAUCCUUUAAAAUCUAUUUUUAGCAAAAGGUUUCCGGCAUGCGUAAUUAUUUUCAAUAUUAAAGAUUAAACAACAACAACAAAACAACAACAACAACAAAAUAACAACAAAAUAACGACAACAAAAUAACAACAACAAAAUAACAACAACAAAAUAACAACAACAGACGAUUAGACUUAUCUUUAUGGAUGUAUUGCCCACUUAAGCAUACUACAGCAGUGUACAGCAGAGUGCAGCAGAGUACAGCAGUGUACAGCAGAGUACAGCAGAGUACAGCAGAGUACAGCAGAGUACAGCAGAGUACAGCAGAGUACAGCAGAGUACAGCAGAGUACAGCAGAGUACAAAAGAGUACAGACGAGUAGAAGAGAGUACAACAAAGUACAGACGAGUACAACAGAGUACAAGGGAGUACAACAGAGUACAGCAGAGUAGAAGAGAGAACAGUAGAUUACAGCAGAGGAGAAGAGAGUACAGCAGACUAAAGCAUAGUACAAAGGAGUGCAACAGGGUACAACAGAGUAGAAAAGAGAACAGCAGAUUACAGCAGAUUACAAGAGAGUACAGCAGAGUAGAGCAGAGUAUCUCAGAGUAGAGCAGUGUACAUCAGAGUACAGCAGAGUAGAGCAGACUACAACAGAGUAGAGCAGAGUACAACAGAGUAGAGCAGAGUACAACAGAGUAGAGCAGAGUACAGCAGAGUAGAGCAAAGUGCAGCAGAGUAGAGCAGAGUGCAGCAGAGUAGAACAGAGUAGAGCAGACUACAACAGAGUAGAGCAGAGUACAAUAAAACAAACACACACGGACGUACGUACAAACACGCACACGCACAAACACAUACACUUACACGCAAAUAUUAAAAAAGGAAAAACUCACACAUACGCACGCACGCAAUCACUCUUACACACACACAUACUCACACGUAAAAACGCACACGCCCCACACAAAUUUGAUGGCGCCCACACACACAGUACAUACGUAUUUAUAACUCAAAUUGUAUGUCAAUCAUAAACAAAAGAAAUAUUUUGAUUGUUGCUAUAAAGUUGACUUGCUAUCAACGUUGACGGGUCUUUCAUUCAUUUAAACUAUUUUUUGCAGAUGGUGCAAAUUUGGCGCCAACAUGCGAGAAGAGCUACUACAACGUCUCGGUAACAGAGGGCAAUGAUGUUGGUUACAGCGUCCUCAAGGUCAGCUGUUCAGAUCCCGAGAGCGACACACUGGCCUUCGAGUUUGAUGGCACGGGAGGUAACACCAACACCGUGUUCCAGAUCAAUGGCGCAACAGGGGAACUUACCCUUGCCAAGAAGGCUGACGCAGAGGAGAAGACAAGCAGCAUUUUUGCCAAUCCCUUCACGGUAGGUUGAAAAAACUUUUCUAAGACAAAAUUGAGCAAGGACAAAUAAUCAUUUUCAAUUGAAAAAAAAUAUUAUAAUAAUAAAUGUAAACAAAAUAAUAAUAAUAAAUAAAACAGGAAAACUUUAUACUGUACAGAUGAGUUAGCCAAUCAGCAGAGUUGGCUCAUUAGGAUAUUUACAAAAAGUAAAUUCCAGAUAUCUCAAACUUUGGAGAGUGUUCCUUUUAAAAUGUUAGUUUUCAAUCUAUUAUAGUACAUGCCCUCGUUCGUCAUUCCUUGAUCUCAGUGCGGCCUUUGAUACCGUUGACCAUCAAACCCUUUUCAAAACACCUAAAAAUGACUUAUUCCUCGCUCAGUUUCGACUUGAUUUCGGUCCUACCUCUCCGAUAGAACGUAGGCGGUCGCUGUCGAUGGCUGUAUCUCCGGCAGUGAUGGCUUGUUUUGCGGAGUGCCACCCUUUUCCUUUUUGGGCCCGGUUCUUUUUACAUUGUGUACCAGGCCACUGCUCCUCCUGCUCGUGAGGCGGGCUGUUGAGAGCCAGUCAUUCGCAGGUCACACGCAGCUAUACAAGCAUAGCCAUCGCUCUCUUGUCGACUCCGCUAUCCACACCUUACGGAAGUGCAUUGGUGGUGUCAAGUCCUAAGUGACUCUCAGCAAGUUGAUGCUGAAUGAUGACAAAAACAGAAGCACUCCUCAUUCACAAUCACAAAUCAUCCUCUAAAUCAACUCUCCCCAUCUCGUUUCACGUAGGUACAUCCGACAUACAGUUUACAUUCUCUGCUAGAAAUCUUGAUUACAUCCUUUCUCACCCCCCCCCCUUUUUACCGAUUAAACAAUGCUCGAUGCUGCUGGAUACCGUCCAUGACUAGACAGGGGUCAUUCUUGGGUGGGUGAGGUCAAUAUUUUUACACAGCUAAAAUUUGGCUAAAUUUUAUGUGAAGCUGUGAGCCUAAGCUCUGGUAACGCGCUAUAUAAGACCACUUUAAUAAUAAGGAUAAUAAUGUUUGUUAUUUUUAUUCAAGAUAUAUGAAAUGCAGAAUUAUUUUAAGAAGACAUGAGUUGUUUACAAAAAGCAUCAUAUAUUUUUAAUCUGUGAAUUUAUCCGUGGGAUAUCGUACAAAAAUAAAGUAUACAUUUCCCAAUAUUCAGUUGAUUAAAAUCAUUAUUUGGAAUUUCAAAUUACUAUAACUUCCUUCAGAUCAAUUUUAAAUUGCCACUUCUAUAUACUUUAAAUUAUUAAAAAAAAACAAAACAACUAAUCCACAGAACUUAAUUUUAAAUUGACGAUUUAGAAAAAAAUAUUUAUUUUUCUAAAAAGCUAGUACAUCAACUGGAAUCGGCAAGAUAAUCGAAAUGCUAUCCUACAAAAUGUGUGUCAUUUGUUGUCUUUUUAUUGUUUUAAUAGCCUACUGCUAUAGUUUCAUCUUAAAAAGUAAAUGUACAAAUAUUUGUGAAGAUAGAUGAGGAGAUUGCUUUUUAUUCUAUUAAAAAGAGAAAAGCAGUCGAAAAUUUGAUAAACUUAAGCUAACUUUCUUUGUUAAACUAAAGAAAACUAAAAAGCCUUGGUUUUAUUCUACCUAGUUCAACAUACAUGGAAUCCAGUACAUUACAAAUUAUGAUAAUAACUAUAUAUUUUUUAAAAGCGUGACGCCAUCAUACACUUUAUAAGUAACUUUAAAUCCAUAGUUUAAAAGUUAUGAUGAAAUUUACUUGUAAAACAGAUUGCAUAUGUUUGAUACUUAGCACGAACUAUAUUAAAAUAAUAGAUUUUUAUAUUGAGGAGAACGUAGUCUAAUACAAUGUUAUUACAGGCUUUAAGCUUGUGAAGUUGCCAUCUCAUCCCCGGAGAGAUGCCUGAAAGUAACACUACGCCAGUGUGGGUCAGCGGGCCACAAUCUGGGGAACGCUCAUUUAGACUUUAUUUUUAAAUUUCAAAAUAACUGUUUGUUUCGACUUAUCUCGGCCACAAACUGUUCCAGGGCCUGGGGAAACAGUACGUAUAUUAACAUAAAAAAAUACAUAUCAAAAUACCCAAGUGUAUCCUAAAAGGGAGACCAGGGAUUAAUCCUUUCGUUAUAACUUCGGUGAAACUGUAGAUGUUUUUAUUUUAUUAAGAAAAUACACUUCAGGGGAUUGGCGGGGGGGGGGCUAUGGGAGGGACAAGACAGAAGGAAAGGGGGCGAUGGGAGAGACAAGGGGGGGGGGGGGGGGAGAGAGAAACAAAGUGUGGGGGAGGAAUUUUUAUGAUUCAACACUACGUCAAAAGCCAAUAAUGUUACAACGUAAAAUUUAUUAUAAUGCUACUUUUAACAAUAUGUACGUCGGCAUUUAGCCAAAUAAUACAUUUCACGAACCGUCACAUUAGGGUACAUUUAUUAUGUAUACGACCGUCACAUUAGGGUACAUUUAUUAUGUAUACGACCGUCACAUUAGGGUAAAUUUAUUAUGUAUACGACCGUCACAUUAGGGUACAUUUAUUAUGUAUAAGACCGUCACAUUAGGGUACAUUUAUUAUGUAUACGACUGUCACAUUAGGGUACAUUUAUUAUGUAUACGACCGUCACAUUAGGGUACAUUUAUUAUGUAUAAGACCGUCACAUUAGGGUACAAUGAUUAUGUAUAAGUAAAUACAUAGAUCUAAUAAAAUAGAAACAAAACGCUCGACAAUAACAAUGGCUAUCACUUAAGUUUGUAACUAGUUUUGAUUACUUGUCCUCUGCUGGGGAAAGCUCUUAGUCGAAACUUUCUUUCCUUAUCGUCCUGUCUGUCGAUUCAAGGGUAACCAAAUGUCCCGUAAAAUUGGGAUUGUUCCGUUUUUUCACGAUCGCGCUCGGUGUCCCGAAAAAGUCUCCCGGGGCGCCUAAAUGUCCCGCUUCUAAAACAAAACACAUUUUCAAAUCACUAAAAACUUCCUAAUUUGUAAUAUAACUUCAAGUAAUAUUUUGGCUAGCUGUGCAGCCAGUGGCAGUAGGGAUGUAGGCUCGCGUGGUGGCUGCACUGUUCCACCUCCACCACUCCGACAACUCCGCCAACGCUGCAAAAUUACUUUUUUCGUUUAUGCUAGCCUCAGAAGAAAAGUUAAAAUUUAAUUUAAAAAGUGAAGGUAAAUUUAAAAAGAUAUUCAAAUUCUCAAAAUAGUUAAAAUGAGCAUAUUUUUUUUUUUUUAAUUCUCUGGCGGAGGCCCCCGGACCCCUCUUUAGCUCGAGGAAGAAACGUAGCUAGAGUGUUUGACGCCCGGGGACAAGAUUCUCGCCCAGGGACAUGAUUCAUUUUAAAGCGCCCCCUUCUCUUUUUUCAACUUUCAAACCAAUUCUUUUCAUCAAUAAAAUAAUAUCAAAGCACAGUUUGGCGCCACUAACUAGCUGGCCCCCUGUGUACAUCUGUCCCCCUUGCAGCCCCUUCACUACGCCUCUGUUUGGAGGGUAUCCCUCCUGUUAAAUUUGUGUUAUCCGCAAUCUCUGCCAGAGCCUCGUAGACAUCCCUAAGCUGAUAACGAAGGAGUUUCAAAGCAUAAAUUAAUUCGACUUUCCCAUCGUGUCUCACCCAGUGGUUUAACAGCGAUAUUAGAAACAUGUCGAUUUAAAAUUUCCCAACGACGAGUUGAUGCAGAAAAGAAUACAUGAACACGUUGCACUAGAUCAAAGAAGGUUGUUGCCUCAAAGCAACAUUUUGCAGCAUCAUCAACAACAAAAUUCAAGGUAUGUGCACAGCAAGGAACAAACAAUGCUCGGGGAUUGUAACAGACCAAGUUGGCUGUGAUUUUACAACACGACACUAAUAUGCAUCCCUAUGACAGGAUGGCGGAGUAAUUGUAUGAUAACUUAGUAAGUCACGAGAAAAAGAGGGAACUAGUUUCUAGAGCUGAAGUAGACUGGACGCUCAAGUAAUGAGAGUGUGUGCUCGAUUUUUAUUUGAAUGGGAGCAGACAUAUUGUAUUUCUCUCGAAUGGAAAAUUGAGUUAUUGUGAUUUUAAUUGUGAUAUGAUACAUUGAAUAAGUGGGUGAGUAUUGCAUGAUAGAAUUACUGCAGGACAUCCUAAUAGCAAGUUUUAUUAUUAAUGUGGUUAUUUCAUAUAUUAAAGUACUGUAUACUUCAUUGGAUGUUAACCAUGUUAUAUUGGCAAUAGAAUAACAUGUGUUACAGGGAUUGAUAUCUAAAAUUUUUCGUUGGACACCAUUGUCUUUUCGCUUCAUAUUGCUUCCAUUGUCAUAUCUUUGACCACGUAAAUUUUCGAUAGACAAAGAUAUCUUUUUUAACUGCCGAAGAAUAGUUUCAGUCAUACCAAUACCAAUUGUCUCCUUUAGAGGCACACAACCCAAGAAAUGUUCCUUUAUAGAUGCUGCUUCUGCUGCAAUCUCAUUUUCUGGAUUUGAAAUCAUAUCCACAAAGCGAAUGAUCAUGGUCAUCUGUUCAACAUGACCAGCAUCUCGUGUGCAAUCUAAAAUUUUUAAAAAGUACUUAGCAUCACGAGCAGAUGCUAGAAUUUUUUUUAAAAAUUGCAUUGGAUAAAAGCUGAAUAAGUUCAUUCUGUAUGUCUUUGCCUAGAUAAUGUACAUGUGUCUCAUUGUCUGUAAUCUUUCGAAGAUGCUUAUCCAUAAGUAGGUCAAACAAAGCUAGAAAUUCCACAAAUUUCAGGAAGUUCCCUUAUCAGAUGUGUUCAGUUUCUCAUGUUCCAUGAAAAGCAAGAUGUUGCAUACCAAGAACUCUAACUAAAGCAAUCAGACGUUUCAAGAUUUGCUGCCAAUAAUGUUCUUCUUUUUUUUUUUAUGAGACGCAAAUGUUCGGCAUCACUUGUUUUCACGGGUCGAAGUCGCAGCUCAAGUUCCUUCCAUGACUGAACAUUCGCUAGAUGUUCACUGCUUUUCUCAUGUCCCUAUUGCGGACAUGUUUUUCCAAUCCUUUGAACCUUUAUCAGAAAGAGAUGACGCACAUGUUGUGCUGGAAAACAGCUUGCAGCAGAAACAAUAAACAGAGUCAUUACUUACAGAAUAUUGCAGCCAAUGUCUGCAAAUUUCAUCUCCAUUGACAAGCCUGCGGUUGUAAUGAAUUUUUGAGAAUUUACUUUGAUUACUGGCUUUAGGAAAAUCAAACUGCUCAACUUGUUCUGGUCCAUGUUCUAUCAAAAUGUGUCACAUAUGAUCAUCAAAGUCGGUCCAAGUAGCAGGAUCGCCAUACUUAACAUAUAACCAGUUAAAUUAUCGACUUUAUUCACUUCAGAUUUUGUUUCUUGGUGCGUACCAUGCAUUUCAUUUUGUGCUUCAAACUCUUCUGAUACUGUCAUCUCCUCGGAUUCCACCGCUUCCUUGUGUGUUCGGCUUGAUUGCUUAACUCCCCUGGACCAUCGUCGUCUCUGUGCGGUGUACAUAGAUACUUUAACAACGAGUCUCCUUGUUUUUUUGUUUUUUUAACGUAUUUUUCAUUUUCAGCCCGACGUGUACGAUACUGUGAGCCAGACAAUCGUUUUCUCUCUGCCAUGGGGAUUCAAAUAACGACGGAAACGGCAAAAUACAAUUUUAUUAUGGUUUACUUUUUUUGCUAUAUUUUUAAUUCAUUUUUUAAAAUAAAAUAAUUGCAAUUUACACAUACAAGUUUAAAUAUCUAAAGCAAAGGAUUUUAAAUAUUCCGUUGUACACAAGUCAAACUAAAUAUCUUACACUCCUGCUUACACAGAGCUCAGCCCAUGUGCCCGGUUUAAAUAGGGUAACCAGGAACCACUAAGUGAGGCUGGUGUCGGGGAAGGGCAUCCGGUCGUAAAAACAAAUUGCUCCACAUCUCCAUUGAGUUGUACACUUGUCAGAGUUAAUGGACUCAUUUGUCCAAGUAUGUCCUACCCAUGCCAAGCAUGGAAAAAGGGCUUUAAAUGGUAACAAAAGAAGAAGAAGAAUCUUACCUAAUGUAUUCAAGUAGCCUGUCGACGAUAAUCAAAUUUAAAUUAUUUAUUUUAUUUUCAAUGUUGACGUCAUUUCAUUUUGAAAUGACGUCACCGGAUGUGGCUGUAAUUGCCCGUAAUCUAAGUAAGGAAAUUAUUGAUCAAAUUUAUACUAAGCAAUUCGUUUCAUUUGUUUUAAUAAAACAGCAAAUAUUAGUGUAAAAAACUAUGCAAUUUAAUUCAAUGUUUAAAUGACGGCGUCACGCCACUAAAAAAAAAUUUAUUCAAUCCAUUCAUUAUUAAAGGGCUUCAAUUUAUUUAUAUUUUUUUUUUACGUAGCUCAUAGUGCCGCACUGCCGCCCCAUAAAUUUGCCGCCCUAGGUGGCAGCCUAGUUCGCCUAGUGGUUAAACCGGGCCUGGGAUUACCCCCUUACCCCUCAAACCCCUGGAAAUAGUCUGGGGGCCCAUGGGUUGACAAAAGACGAAAUGUACUCUUUUUUUUUUCUUUUUAGAUUCGUGUCAAGGUCAAAGAUGGUACAAACACGCUGCUCAUAACCUACUUUGUUUACAUCGAGUCCAUCAAUGACAACGCGGCCAAGAUAUCUAGCUUGACACCAAGCCCUGUUAGUGUUAGAGAAGACACUAAAGUCGGGGCGAAGCUGGCCAACUGCACACUAAAAGAUGAUGAUUUUCCUGGUUCCGGUCAUGAUGUACCUUAUGUCAAAAUCACAGGUAAAUAAGGCACCAAUAAGGAAACAUGGUUUAAAAUAAGAAGGUACCUAAAAUAGCUGACUUGAGAAUUUUUUUAGUCACAUUACUUAAAGGUCACAAUUCUUAAAAGUCACAAUGCUUGAAGUCACAAAACUUAAAGGUCACAAUUUUUAAAGUCACACUACUUAAAGUCACAAUACUUAACGUCACAAUACAUAAAGGCCACAAAACAUAAAGGCCGCAAUUCUUAAAGUUCACAAUACUUACAGUCUCAUACUUAAAGUUCACAAUACUUAAAGUCACAAUACUUAAAGUCACACUACUUAAAGUCAUAAUAUAUACAAUCACACCAAGACACCAAAAUACGAUUUUACUUCAUUAAAAUUUAAAUUAAAUAAUUGGACAAUACGUGUAGCCUCAAUGAUGUUUUUUGUAUCAUUGUUGAAGUUUUUUUCCUCCCAUGCUUCACUUUAAAAUACAAACACACACCACACAGAACUCUUGUCACAUAACCACACACAUCUGUUGUCACAUCAGCACACGCAAAAGUUGUCAGAGCACCACACACAACUGUUGUCAAAAAACCUCGCAUAACAGUUGCCACAUCACCACACAGCUGUUGUCACAGCACCACACACAACUAUUGUCACAUCACCACACAUAACGGUUGUCACAUCACCACACACACCUGUUGUCACAGCACCACACAUAACUGUUGUCACAUCACAACACACAACUAUUUCGCAGCACCACACACAACUGUUGUCACAGCACCACACACAAAUAUUGUCACAUCACCACACAUAACAGUUGUCACAUUACCACACACAACUAUUUUCACAGCACCACACACAACUAUAGUCACUGCACCACACACACCUGUUGUCACAGCACCACAUUUAACUGUUGUCACAGCACCAAACACAACUAUUGUCAGAGCAAAACACAACUGUCGUCACAGUACCACACACACUACUGUUAUCACAGCACCACACACGACUGUUGUCACACCAGACACACACAACUGUUGUCACAUCAUUACACACUACUGUUGUCACAUCAUUACACACAACUGUUGUCACAGCACCACACACAAUGUUGUCACAGCACUAAACACAACCGUUGUCACAGUACCACACACAACUGUUGUCACAUCACCACACACAACUGUUGUCACAGCACCAUACACAUCUGUUGUCAGAGCACCACACAACUGUUGUCAAAGCACCCCACACAACUGUUGUCACAACACCACACACAACUGUUGUCACAGCACCAUACACAUCUGUUGUCAGAGCACCAUACACCUGUUGUCGCAUCACAACACAUAACUGUUAUUUGCACCACCUGAUACCGCUACCGUAACAACCUUUGCCCUUUUCAACAGCUGGAAACGAUGACGGCAUGUUCGCUCUGGACUACAUCACGUGUGACCUGAUGCUGGUCAAGUCGUUGGACUACGAGAAGGUUAAGACCUACACUCUGACGUACCAGGCCUACAACACCGAACCGCUGGUGUCACCUGACACCACCUCCACGGCUUCCAUUGUUGUUAAUGUGCUGAAUGUCAAUGACAAUGCUCCGGUGAGUGUAACUCGCCUCCAAAUGACGUCAUCAAGAUGUGUGUAUUGUGCGCGGAAGUUUUCCGAUGUGGUACACAGUUCUUUAUCAAUAUUUUAUUUGAGCGGAUUAAGACGAACGUUAUGAAGGGAUUUGAGAUUAAGUUUUAAAAUAAAUGACUAUGUGUUCACCCAGUGUCGGACAACACUGUUCAGUGGAGGUGAAACAUGGUGGGCACAUAGACAGUACAAUAUCUCAAAACUUAUUUCACUUGGAAAAGGGAAAAUAGCGGAUAAGAUUUCCUUUCAAACCAACACCACCGAGAUAUUUCACUUUUCCCAAAGAUACAGUGAAGGGGGGAAGAUAAGCGGUGGGCACAUAUGAGGAUAACUAUAUGUUGAUGUUACACAUUGUAAUGUAAACAUUUCGUAAAAAUAUUUUUCAAUGGUCAAAGAAACAAAUUGGGAGCAUUUUUUAUGGGGAUGACAAUAUCUCACACCCAAGCAUCUUACAGACGUGAAAAUUUAAUCUUUAAAAAUUGAUGAAUAAUUUUUUUAUUUCCCGAAAACACAUUUGAGGGACGUGAACAAACAGGGAUUAAAUACACUUGGAAAGUAAGGGGUAUAUUUGUAAGGGAAUUAAGAAUAUAUUUAAAAUACAAAGACGUGGCAAUCGUUAAAACGUUUCCGAUUUACACAUAAAAAUUUGCAUGUUUUACCAUUUUCAAUUAAUAUAGUUCAGGAGCGAGGCAAAAGUUAGGGUAAAGUGUUGUGAAGACACCAGUAAAUAAAAAUACGUUAGUGUUACAUAUAUGUAAAAUGGUAAAUUGUUUAAAUAUAAGGACACGUUACUACUUCUGAACAAGAAAUUAUGCUUUCUUUGUAGUUGAGUUGCGUGAAAGGGUCAAGCAUGUCUACAUUGUAUGGAAGAAAACAUUUAUCAAAACACAAUGGUGUCAGAAACGCAAACAUCUUAAAGCAUAGAUACAUCUUUCAAAAUAAUGAAUGUUUGAUAUACUCUUUCUUAAAUAUACAUUUCAAGGGCGUGGCAUAUAGUUUUUUGAUGAAUCAAUUCAUAAAAACAAAUUUCAGUUACAUACGUAAAAAUGGGCUUUUCAGAUGUUGAGAUGUCGCAAUAGCAGACAGAAGGGAGUGCAAUACGCUUCCAUUAUUACCGCGGUGUGACACCGGGUCAUAACUUCUACUGUAAAAAAAUAAUACAACUAAAUUUAUGAAAAACACAAUUUUCCUCACAAAAAUAAUCAUCAAAAGCCCAAUAAAGAUGAGUCCCAGCGCCCACUUUCCACCUUCCACCUUCCACCCUAAGCCUCCACCCACCUCCUACAUUACACCACCCACUUCCACCUGCGACCUUCACCACCCGCCGCCCACCACCAUCCCCUGACCCACCAGCCUCCUCAGUUAUUCAAUGUCCAGCAAAGACCCUUAACGUUAUGGAUGCUCAUCACGCUCAUCAUAUGUCAUCUCCACUGUUUUCAUAUGUUUGCUUCUCACUAUGGCAUAUAUCAUGUACUAUAUUAGCUGCUCAUACGGACUUUUCUUUGUGUGACCAGAACUGCUCAGCCUACAACAUAAUAGCAGAUGUCCUGGAGUCUGCUGGUGUCAUUGAUGUACUGAAAAAAUUGAGCUGUUCUGAUGCAGAGACCGCAGGAGCUAUAACUUACACUAUUGUUAAGGGUAGGUUCAAAGCUAUUGUUGUCAUCAUUGUUUUAGACCUAAUGGUGACUACAUAGACUAAAGAGACUAUAGCGCAUAUAGAGACAAUAGAGACAAUAGAGACAAUAGAGACUAUAGAGACUAUAGCGCACAUACAGACUAUAGAGUUAAUAGAGACUAUAGCGCAUAUACAGACUAUAGAGACAAUAGAGACUAGAGAGACUAUAGCGCAUCUAGAGACUAUAGAGACAAUAGAGACUAUAGAGACUAUAGCGCACAUAGAGACUAUAGAGACUAUAGCGCACAUAGAGACUAUAGAGACAAUAGAGACUAGAGAGACUAUAGCGUCUAUAGCGACUAUAGAGACAAUAGAGAAUAAAGUGACAAUACGGACUACGGAGACAAUAAAAACUUUUAGUUUUAAUUUGCGGUAUGCCAUAAAUAUUUAUUGUAAUAAAAAUUAGCCGUCAUGACAAACAACAACAGUGACAACAGUGACAACAGUGACAACAGUGACAACAGUGACAACAGUGACAACAGUGACAACAGUGACAACAGUGACACCAGUGACACCAGUGACAACAGUGACAACAGUGACAACAGUGACAACAGUGACAACAGUGACAACAGUGACAACAGUGACAACAGUGACACCAGUGACACCAGUGACAACAGUGACAAAAGUGACAAAAGUGACAACAGUGACAACAGUGACAACAGUGACAACAGUGACAACAGUGACAACAGUGACAACAGUGACAACAGUGACAACAGUAACAACAGUGACACCAGUGACACCAGUGACACCAGUGACAACAGCAAUAGACAACAGCGACAACAGUGACAACAGUGACAAGAGUAUGACAUUUCACGGAAUCCAUUAAGUAUUACACUUUUUUUUAAAGAGUAUAAUACCAAAUGUUAAACCAAAAAGUAUCUUAGUUUACUAGAAAUGCUUUUAUUAUUUCGAGAAUCGAAUACUGGCUAUUACGUGGGGGUGAAAUAAUACUGGUAGAAUUUGCCCCCCCCCCCCUUUUUUUUAGACGUAAUAGUCAGUAAUCGAUUCUCUUUUGAUAACCUAAUACUGACAACGAUAAAACUCUUUCCAAUGUUUUCAUCAAUUAACAUUGGUCAGACAGUGACACUUACUUCAAAAAACAAUUGUGAUCAUCAUGAUAUUUUAUAGAAGUACUCAUGUUUGAUUCGAUGGCCGAUAAUGAUGUUAGCUGUGACUUCUUUGGGGAUGCUAAUGGCAAUUUUUUAUAUUAGCUUUGCUACAAAUUUAGAUGACACUUUUAAUAUUAUACGGAUGUUACAAUUUUAUCACACCUUUUCUUUUCGCUCCAGGGAAUUCCACCAGCCUUAAAAUUAACCCCGGUACAGGUGACAUUACCUUACAGGCACCGGUAGACUAUGACGCUGGGAUGCGAUACCUGGAGAUCACCGUGUCAGUCAGUGACGGCGAUCCCUCUGGCCCCAAGACCACGGAAGUCAUUGUCGGCUUUAGAAUAGCAGACGUGGACGACAAUCCUCCCGAGUGGUCGGGAAAUAAUUCAGCAUGUACAGUAAAAUUUUUUAUGCAAUAUAACAGCAGAUAGUAUUGACCUUGUUUUACAACAGGUAUUGUGACACAUAAUCGAGCUAUAUCACAGGUAUUAUGAUAUUUAAUGAGUUAUUUCACAGGUAUUGCGAUAUUUAAUGCGUUAUUUCACAGGUAUUGUGAUAUUAUUUACUGAUACCAGUGUGAUGUUGUAUCAAAUUGGAGUAUUAUGUUCAAUGAAACACUGUUAGGUCAUUAAGGUGCACACUGCCACUUUUCUAUGAUAAGGAUUAAAAUUAACGUGGGUCAGGGCAGUAGUGACAUACAUAGUAAAAAUGUAUGGUGGCGACAAUAUAUGGUGCAGGUGGAUAACUCUUGUAUGUGUUAUCACCUGCUCGAUUCUAGGGUUUUAGUUUUGAUUCCAUUCACAGACCAAUGGACAUGUGGGAUCCUUCCGUUUUCGCGAGACAAUGGAGUAGCUUAGUACAGUUCAAAAACUGGCUCGCUAGGCCGAUCCUUUAAUGGCAGUCUCGGCUGUAUUUCUUGCAGGUGAUUUGGUCUUCCGCAUUGUUCUUGUUAUUGUAAGAGCAUCGUUUCGCGCAUCGUCUGCCCUUUUACUCCUCCAUACACCGCUGUUCGCAAGCUGGAACAUAGCAUAACAGUGAUCGCCCAACCGUUGAUUUAGUCUUCCUCGUGUCGUCAACCUGUUGUAGGUCGGCGCCAAAUCCAGGGCACAUCGUUCUUACAUUCCAUGUCGCGAAGCGAAGUGGUGGAGACUUCCUUCUAUUAUCUUUCCUUGAUUUACAAAAAAAGCUCUGCUCCUCGUGGCGUAACGUCACCAGUACAGCUACUUAGUCUGGGCGGUGAUUUAUGGAGGCCAGCUGUUGCCCAAUGCAGCAGAUCCCCACUCUCCACACAGCCAGAACCAGCUGUUGCCCAAUGCAGCAGAUCCCCACUCUCCACACGGCCAGCACCAGCUAUUGCCCAAUGCAUCAGAUCCCCACUCUCCACACGGCCAGCACCAGCUGUUGCCCAAUGCAGCAGAUCCCCACUCUCCACACGACCAGCACCAGCUGUUGCCCAAUGCAGCAGAUCCCCACUCUCCACACAGCCAGCACCAGCUGUUGCCCAAUGCAGCAGAUCCCCACUCUCCACACAGCCAGCACCAGCUGUUGCCCAAUGCAGCAGAUCCACACUCUCCACACAGCCAGCACCAGCUGUUGCCCAAUGCAGCAGAUCCACACUCUCCACACAGCCAGCACCAGCUGUUGCCCAAUGCAGCAGAUCCACACUCUCCACACAGCCAGCACCAGCUGUUGCCCAAUGCAGCAGAUCCACACUCUCCACACAGCCAGCACCAGCUGUUGCCCAAUGCAGCAGAUCCACACUCUCCACACAGCCAGCACCAGCUGUUGCCCAAUGCAGCAGAUCCACACUCUCCACACAGCCAGCACCAGCUGUUGCCCAAUGCAGCAGAUCCACACUCUCCACACAGCCAGCACCAGCUGUUGCCCAAUGCAGCAGAUCCACACUCUCCACACAGCCAGCACCAGCUGUUGCCCAAUGCAGCAGAUCCACACUCUCCACACAGCCAGCACCAGCUGUUGCCCAAUGCAGCAGAUCCACACUCUCCACACAGCCAGCACCAGCUGUUGCCCAAUGCAGCAGAUCCACACUCUCCACACAGCCAGCACCAGCUGUUGCCCAAUGCAGCAGAUCCACACUCUCCACACAGCCAGCACCAGCUGUUGCCCAAUGCAGCAGAUCCACACUCUCCACACAGCCAGCACCAGCUGUUGCCCAAUGCAGCAGAUCCACACUCUCCACACAGCCAGCACCAGCUGUUGCCCAAUGCAGCAGAUCCACACUCUCCACACAGCCAGCACCAGCUGUUGCCCAAUGCAGCAGAUCCACACUCUCCACACAGCCAGCACCAGCUGUUGCCCAAUGCAGCAGAUCCACACUCUCCACACAGCCAGCACCAGCUGUUGCCCAAUGCAGCAGAUCCCCACUCUCCACACAGCCAGCACCAGCUGUUGCCCAAUGCAGCAGAUCCACACUCUCCACACAGCCAGCACCAGCUGUUCCCCAAUGCAGCAGAUCCACACUCUCCACACUGCGAGCACCAGCUGUUAUCCAAUACGUAAGAUCCACACUCUCCACACAGCCAGCACCAGCAGUUGUCCAAUACGGCAGAUCCCCACUCUCCACACAGCCAGCACCAGCAGUUGUCCAAUACGGCAGAUCCACACUCUCCACACAGCCAGCACCAGCUGUUGCCCAAUGCAGCAGAUCCACACUCUCCACACAGCCAGCACCAGCAGUUAUCCAAUGCAGCAGAUCCACACUCUCCACACGGCCAUUACCAGCAGUUGCCCAAUGCAGCAGAUCCACACUCUCCACACAGCCAUUACCAACAGUUGCCCAAUGCAGCAGAUCUCCACUCUCCACACAGCCAGCACCAGCUGUUGCCCAAUGCAGCAGAUCCCCACUCUCCAUGCUGCCAGUGGUUAAGAGAAUGACAACUGUUACUACAACUUGGCACUAACUGCAUCGCAGGGGUUCCGAAAUGUCAUUGGUAUCAGCGUCAGAUCGAGCCCGGGACUGCUCCGAAUUUUACAGUUUGGGUUUACUCACAAAGUCUUACUCUAGUUUCCGGGAUUGAUUUUAUAAAUGUAUAUCAUUAUAUACACAACACUUUCUCGUUUUGUGGGUGCUAGUUCCGUAUUCAUAUAUUUGCGAGUCAGCCAUCUUGUUGCUAACCGGAUGUCUAUAUGGACAUAAUUAUGAUUAUAUUCAAAUAUAUUCAAUGAAAGAAGUCUAAUACAUAAUUUCAUGCAAUUUUAUGAACGUAUUUAUUUACUCAAGCUUCAUAGAAGUUAUAAAAGUUAAGGAUAUGAAAAUUCAUACAUAUAAGAUCAGCUUAGAUCUUCCUUUGCAUUUGAUUGAUAUCUAGGUUCUUUCGACUAUGCAUAUUGACCUUUGACCUACCUUGUUGCCUAACUUCAUUAUAAAAUUCGUUGCUUUUUAAUAAAAUGUAAUACGACUAGACCAUUAGAACUUCACUAAUCAAUAUAAAACGAUCGAUGUUCUGGCUUGAUCGACCAAUCUAUGAGGUCACGUGUUUGUUGGAAGUGGUUCCCCCAGUCCUCUCCUUCGAGGCAAAUCAGGCAAUACGGCAAACGACAAACAGGCAACACGGCUAACAGGCAAUAUGUGAAAUGAUAUCAGAAAAAGGAAGGGUGGAACUCUUCGAAUUGACACAAGCUGACAGGUCCGUCUGCUAGAACAACGAAUUCAGGUCGGGGCAUUGGAGAGGCAUCAGCUUAAACACACACAUCCAAUAUAUGGAUAACCUUAUUAGCCAAACCGUAGUCGGUGCAAGCAUGUAUGGCCAGCGCCGACGCUGGGGGUAAAAGGAUUUUACAGAAUGAAUUAUAAAAUUAAUCAUUCCUAAGAGUAUGAUCAAAAUGGACAUCAUUAAACAAUAUAUUAGAAAGACAUGGUGAUAAAAAUGUAUCAUACUAAAAGGAUGGAACUCGAAUACUUAAACCACUCACUGCAUUUCAAUUGGCCGGCUUCAGUUACACAAAGUCUGAAAUAGCGUGAGUACCUAGAGUGUCCGCUUCUUAAUUCUACAAUGUUUAAAGUUAUAUAAUUGAUCAGUCGCCGAGUUCAAUGGUGUGUCGAUCGAUACCAUUGAAGUCAAUCUUUAAAGGCGUGAUCAAAAUUUUCCAUGAGUUAACUCACACGUGGCAUAGAGGUGGAAAAAAAAAAAGGGGGGGGGGUGGGGGUUGGUGGGUGUUCACUGCGCAUUUCAUGUCACGCUUCAACGCUCUCAGUGAGUUGAUGAACAACUUAAUACACUAAUACGAUGUGUGAUCAAAAUUUUCCAUGAGUUAACUCACACGUGGCAUAGAGGUGGAAAAAAAAAAAGGGGGGGGGGGGGGGGUUGGUGGGUGUUCACUGCGCAUUUCAUGUCACGCUUCAACGCUCUCAGUGAGUUGUUGAACAACUUAAGACACUAAUACGAUGGCUUAAAUAGUAUUUAAUACACCUGGUCAACCUAAUUAUGUCAAACACCCUUUUAACUAAAUUAUGUUUAAAACGCUGUAUACUAAAUUAUACUUUCCCAAAGUACGUACAUUCUCUGUACAACGACCGCAUAUCAUUCACUAAAAGAAUAGUAGGCCUAAUGUGAAAGUCCAACGAUGCCAUUAAAUGUUUCUAUUUCCAGCCGUCCUGGAGAAUGCGGACCUCGGCACGGUCGUCAUUGACUUGAACGCCACGGACAAGGACUCUCCCAACACGGCAUUUUCUAAGAUCACCUAUGGUUUUGAAGUACCUUGCACCAGUGACUGGUUCAAGAUUGACCAGUACACAGGUAAGGGACCAGUACUCCGUUUAGGGACUAGUACACGGAUAAGUGACCAGUACACAGGUAAGGGACCAGUAGCAGGUAAGGGACCAGUAGGCAGGUAAGGGACCACUAGAUGGGUAAGAGACAAGUACACAGGUAAGGGACCAGUACACGGGUAAAGGACCAGUAGGCAGGUAAGGGACCAGUAUACAGGUAAGGGACCAGCAAGCAGGUAAGGGAUCAGUACACAGGUAAGGGAACAGUAGACGGGUAAGGGACCAGUAGGCAGGUAAGGGACCAGUAGAUGGGUAAGGGAUCUGUACACAGGUAAGGUACCAGUAGAUGGGUAAGGCCCAGUACACGGGUAAGGGCCCAGUGCAUUAUGAACUUGUCUCAAUAUCGUAUUCGAUUAUCUUUGUUUUUACUAGGAUCGAUUAUUGUCAAGGAAUUAAUGGACUACGAGAUCAACGCUACCGUGACAUGUACAGUCUUCGCUUACUCGUCGGACAAGAGUUCCAACAAGAAAUUGACAUUUGUCACAAUCAAUCUCAUUGAUGUCAAUGACAGGCCACCGGAAUUCGAACAGGUCAGAUAGCACACAAUCAACUCAGGGCGGUUAUGAGUUGGUUGUGUGAAGGAUUGUUGUUAGGCAUCCCCAGGACACGAUUACAAAGAGAUAGGACCCCCGGCCAGUGCUGAAUCGUCUCGUUACGGCGAUGUCCAUUAGAUGAGACACGCCGCCGGGAAAUCCGCCAGGGCAUUAAGAGGGGGAUCUCAGCCCGCCACAGAGGAUGUUACACCAUUUGUACAUAACCCAUACAAUUCUAAGCAAACAUACUCUCUGCCGUCUACCAUAAAAACCAAAAAAAACAACAGACUGGUGGCAUGUUUCACUGUUUAAACGUUUCAAUGUUUUAAUGUGCUUUCGCUGAGACACAUGGGUUAAAAAUAGAAAUUCUGUCACCCUUCCUUCGUAAUAGACCAAACCCCUGAGAUUCCAUUUAAGUACAAAGAUAGCAAGAGUACCUGAUGUAAUUAAUGAGUAAUUAUAAUUCUUUAUUUUUGUAAAUAUUUAUCCCUUAAGUUUUUCAGUAAUGACUUGAAAUGAUUCAAUGUAGUGGUUAACUCCUUUUUAAAAAGUUGAAGGCAUUGUGGAAAGCUGAUCGGUAGCAUAGUUGGAGGAUAGUGUAUUGACUCUGCAAACUGUUUUUAUAAUAGUACAAUCAUUAAGGGCAGGUUCAUGAUUCAUAAUCAUACAGUGUCAAGACUCACAAUCAUAUUAUGUCACGACUCACAAUCCUAUAGUGUCAUCAUUCACAAUCCUAUAGUUUUAUGACUCACAACCAAAAAGUUUCAUGACUCACAACCAUAUAGUGUCAUGACUCACAACCAUAUAGUGUCAUGAUUCACAAUCUUAUAGGGAAAUGACUCACAAUCUUAUAAUGUCAUGACUCCCAAUCAUAUUGUGUCAUAAGUCACAAUCCUAUAGUGUCAUGACUCACACUCCUAUGGUGUCAUGAAUUUAUUUUUUACAGUACCUGUUUGAAGGAAAUGUCAGCGAAAAAGCAACCACUGGGACGCCCGUUGCUCAAAUCAAAGCCACGGACCCCGACACAGGAAUUAACAAACAGUUUGAUUACUCCAUGCCUUACAGUAAGUAGAGAGUAAGAUGGUGUCGUAUUUCUUCCUAUGCUGAUAUCAUUGUUACUGUUAUAAGUUGCUAUGGCCAGAGCAGAUAGUGACUAGUCAGUUAGGGGGGGGGGGGGUAACUACUAUUUUUCGCAACUGUAAUUAAACGAAGCAUUCACAUAUCACUUAUUUUUAUAUAUAUAUAUAACACUACUCAGGCUAAGGUUCAUUUCUAAUGUUUAAUAGAAUGAUGAUUAAAUACAGUUCAGUCAUAAUAGAUCAAUUUACCUUUAUAGUUGCUAUGGCCAGAGCAGAUAGUGACUAGUCAGUUAGGGGGGGGGGGGUAACUACUAUUUUUCGCAACUGUAAUUAAACGAAGCAUUCACAUAUCACUUAUUUUUAUAUAUAUAUAUAACACUACUCAGGCUAAGGUUCAUAUCUAAUGAUUAAUAGAAUGAUGAUUAAAUACAGUUCAGUCAUAAUAGAUCAAUUUACCUUUAAGCAAAUUACGUGAGACCAAUCUCACAUGCGGCUUUUGUCAUUGAAUACAAACUGGCUGCUCUUGUAGUUCCUCACUGUCUACAAUAUUUACAUUUAGGUAUCAUUAGGUAUCACUACUCUGACACGAAAUAGUUAUUUUCACUCAGCUGAAAAUUAACAUCAAAUAUAUCAUUAUGUUACAGAUGGUUAGACUCAAGUAUUUGCACAUUAGUGAUAAGUUAAGACUCUUUAUUCAUCCUAAUAAAUUGAAUUUUAAAAAUGUUACUAUUAUAGCAAUUAAAAAACAAUACAUCUAAAGUAUUUCUCUAGCGUAGUUGCCAGUCAUCAAUGAAUUCCCUUAGUGACAAUAAUGACGUAAUUAGUGCUCAUUUAGAUUUGGUCACCACUUGGGGGUGGGGAACACGCUGGUAAAAUCGUACAGUCUGGGGAACAAAAUAAUAUUUUUUCUUUUGUUCCUAACAAGAAUUCUUGAUCGAGCUGAUCUUAGGUAUCUGUGACGAAGUGAUUGAGAUGUGACCUUAGGUAUCUCUGAUGAAGUGGUUAGGAUGUGAUCUUAAGGAUCUAUGGUGAAGAGGGUGGGAUAUGAUCUUAGGUAUCUUUGAUGAAGUGGAUGGGAUAUGAUCUUAAGGAUAUUUGAUGAAGUAGGUGGGAUAUGAUCUUAGGUAUCUUUGAUGAAGUGGGUGGGAUGUGAUCUUAAGGAUCUAUGGUGAAGUGGGUGGGAUGUGAUCUUAGGUAUCUGAGAUGAAGUGGUUAGGAUGUGAUCUUAAGGAUCUAUGGUGAAGAGGGUGGGAUAUGAUCUUAGGUAUCUUUGAUGAAGUGGAUGGGAUGUGAUCUUAAGGGUAUUUGAUGAAGUAGGUGGGAUAUGAUCUUAGGUAUCUUUGAUGAAGUGGGUGGGAUGUGAUCUUAAGGAUCUAUGGUGAAGUGGGUGGGAUGUGAUCUUAGGUAUCUGAGAUGAAGUGGUUAGGAUGUGAUCUUAAGGAUCUAUGGUGAAGAGGGUGGGAUAUGAUCUUAGGUAUCUUUGAUGAAGUGGAUGGGAUGUGAUCUUAAGGGUAUUUGAUGAAGUAGGUGGGAUAUGAUCUUAGGUAUCUUUGAUGAAGUGGGUGGGAUGUGAUCUUAGGUAUCUUUGAUGAAGUGGUUGGGAUAUGAUCUUAGGUAUCUUUGAUUAAGUGGGUGGGAUGUGAUCUUAAUGAUCUUUGAUGAAGUGGGUGGGAUGUGAUCUUAAGGAUCUUUGAUGAAGUGGGUGGGAUUUGAUCUUAGGUAUCUUUGAUGAAGUGGGUGGGAUUUGAUCUUAGGUAUCUUUGAUGAAGUGGGUGGAAUGUGAUCUUAGGUAUCUUUGAUGAAGUGGUUGGGAUAUGAUCUUAGGUAUCUUUGAUAAAGUGGGUGGGAUUUGAUCUUAGAUAUCUUUGAUGAAGUGGGUGGGCUGUGAUCUGAAGGAUCUUUGAUGAAGUGGGUGGGAUGUGAUCUUAGGGAUCUCUGAUGAAGUGGGUGGGAUUUGAUCUUAGGUAUCUUUGAUGAAGUGGGUGGGAUUUGAUCUUAGGUAUCUUUGAUGAGGUGGUCGGGAUUUGAUCUUAGAUAUCUUUGAUGAAGUGGGUGGGAUUUGAUCUUAGGUAUCUUUGAUAAAGUGGGUGGGAUUUGAUCUUAGAUAUCUUUGAUGAAGUGGUGGGAUUUGAUCUUAGGUAUCUUUGAUAAAGUGGGUGGGAUUUGAUCUUAGGUAUCUUUGAUGAAGUGGGUGGGAUUUGAUCUUAGAUAUCUUUGAUGAAGUGGGUGGGAUUUGAUCUUAGGUAUCUUUGAUAAAGUGGGUGGGAUUUGAUCUUAGGUAUCUUUGAUGAAGUGGGUGGGAUUUGAUCUUAGGUAUCUUUGAUGAAGUGGGUGGGAUUUGAUCUUAGGUAUCUUUGAUGAAGUGGGUGGGAUGCAUCUUGUGAUCAUUCGAACAUUUAAUGAUUAGAAUGGUUUUAUUGGGCUCUGGAUAGGAUUGCUAUAUAUUUUAUACAGGACAGAGGCGAGGAGGCAAUCUCGCGGCGCUCCCGUGUGUAGUUCUCCAUUAAAUAAUACUUGGUUAUUCCCUUUGACGCACCGUGACGAUCUGUUAAAAAGUUCAGUAUCCAACUCUUGAUUUAAAACAUGAAUUUACACCUAACGAAGAAAGCUUUUUAAUCAUAAGGUGAGGGCGGGUGGUGUUAAGUGCUGACGCCCCUAUCACCAGGACCGUCAUUUCAGGUUGGUUUUUUUUUUUUUAGGUGUAAGGGUGCUCAAAAGCCUACACCAAUCGAUGCAAUCACACCUUACACCAAAUUAUGUCAUCACAUCUAUACUGCCAUAUGCAGCCAGACUUAAAAUAUGUACACACGAAUUUCAAUGAAGACAAAUGGUUCCUUUGUAGCCUUGAAAGCCUGGGUAAGCGUCGGUUUAAGUCAGCUGGAUCAAUGGUUUCUAGCGUCAUUUGAAAUUUAACUGUGUAGCCAUACGUUCCACGGGUUGUUAGAAUACAAAGAAAAGAUUUCUGGAAACAUUGUAAAGACCUCCCCUCAAACAUUGAUGGAUUUAAAACCAAAAAUAAUCACUUAUUUAUAAGGUGCUUAAAUACGUUUAAAAAUAUUAAAAAGUAAGUUUAAAAUGUGGUUUUAUUUUAACACUGCUAUUACGUAUUGUCUGAUAGCCCUUUACAUGUACUCUACGAACUAUUGAGUAGAAGUGACGAUGGCCUUUCCUAUAGCUAGCACUAACCUUGUAAUGGUCAAACUAUAGAGCAUAAAGGAAGGUGACCACAGCUAUAACAGCUUGCUGUAUCCUUGUAAUAACUACUACACUGCACAAAACCACAGAGGUAAGCAAUACUACCACAAUCAUCAUUCCUCUCCAGGUUCCCCAUUCUCCAUUGAUGCGAGCACCGGUCUGGUCACCCUAACGGGCAGUAUCGACUAUGAGAAUGAACAGGCUUAUCUGAUCCUGAUCGAAGCCAAAGAUAAAGGAUUCCCGCCACUUACCUCGCAGACGUACCUAAAUGUUAAAGUACUUCCUGUCAAUGAAUUCGAGCCAGCGUUUUCAGCUUACGGCGUUCAGACUGUGUCCGAGGGGGCAGCACCAGGUAUGAACAUCAUCAGUCCAACAUUUUCAUCUUUUAUAAAAUUUUAAAUCCAAUAUUUUAUCCACAAGCGGAUAUCCAUGUUUGUUCGCUAGAGUUAGCCAGGGGCCAGGGACUCAGUUUUUCACACGUCAUGACUCUCAUAUAUUAUAAUCAUUGGGAAUUUCCCAACAGAAUUCACAUUAUGAUAUUAAUUUAAUGGUUGCUAUGGUCAUAGACCUAUAACUGAACAUACUAAAGGGGCACAUGUAUGACUGGAAAUCUUUUAAAAACAAAUUCAUGAUCCAUCGUCAGCUUGAGCCAAUGGCUUGGUCCGUUACACAAUCAUAGCCUAAGCAAAUAUAUAACAAUACUGACAUGACAUGACAUCAUUGCCUAUGUGAUUGAUUGACCAAGUGUAGUCACGGGUUUUAACAAAGUAACUUAGAUCAUUGUGAAAUAUCUUUUCUGAUCUAAAGACACCAUAUAUCUCUUUGUUAAAACUUAACUUCAUUUAUUAUUUUAAAUAAUUUUUUAAACAAAAUUUAGACGCAGUUUUUCUUUAAAAAAAAUAAAAAUACUUUAGAUUAAAAAUAAUUCACACAAAAAUGUGUCAUAAACUACAGAAGAUGGAUGAACUAUUCUUUUUUUAUUUCGUACCAACGAAACAGACACCAUUGUCAUUCGAACCAACGACACAGACACCAUUGUCAUUCGUACCAACGACACAGACACCAUUAUCAUUCGUACCAACAUUCAGGGUUGCCAAAUAAAUAACAUCAAAUUUCUCAUUGAUAUAUUAUGCGCCAAAACUAGCAGAACUGACACUCCUGGAUCUAAAACGCGCCUUGCGUUUGUCAGUGUUGGCAUAACGCCAAUUUUUUGUCACGCAUCUUUGUUGUUAAAUAUAAAAGUUGAAGAUUUAGUAAAAUGAUAACAAUUGGAUAUGUAGUUAAAUGGAAGAAGUAUUUACCAUUUUGUUAAACACUAGGAACAUCGUGUCAAUAAAAAGUCCACAUAUUUGUUAUCACCUUUCUAUGGUGUAGCUCUUUUUUAACCUCCAAUCCAAUGACUUAAUUUAUGUACCAUCUAUCCAAUGACUUACUCAGGUACAAACAUUGUCAAGAUAUCUGCCAGCGAUAAUGACACAGGAGCAGAUGGGACGCUGAUGUAUCACCUUCUCAACGCGUCCGUUCCAUUCAUCUUGGAAUCUCAGACUGGUCAGCUGAGGGUGGGCAUCGGACUGGACAGGGAGCUGGAGUCGGCAUACAAUCUGACCAUCAUAGCAACGGACAGCUCGCAAACUGCUGUCAAGUCGGCCACCAUGACCUUAAGCGUCCAGGUGUCAGAUGUCAACGACAACCCCCCGGACUGCACACCGUUGGUCACGCUGUCUCCCCGACCCACAGACACUACCAACGUUCUCGUGACAUUCGCAUGUACAGACAAGGACUCCGGCUCAACUGGGUUUUCCUUCUCAUUGAUCUCUGCCGCAGGAAACUACAGUAGCCUUUUUGCGUUUGAUCCUAAAGAUGGGGCUGUUCGAUUAGCGAAAGAUGCCAUUGAGGGUAUCUAUACGUUCGUUGUUAAGAUAACCGAUAACGGGAACCCAGCAAUGUCCACCACGAUAGCCGUAGAGUAUAAGCUUGAUGCGAAGGCGCAGCUCAAGUUGAGCAUUCUCCCAGCGACCAUACACGUGGUUGAGAACAGGGAAGUGGGCGAGUCCAUUAUGAACAUAACAUCAUCCGGGACGUAUCAGGCUGUCAUUUAUGACAUCGUCAGUGGCAAUGAGGAACACAAGUUUGACGUCCAUCACACGACAGGGAACUUGAGACUGAUUAGCCCCUUGGACCGGGAGACAACUGACAGCUACACGCUUGGAAUAAAGGUGUCCACAUCUACAGGUUUAAGCGCCACCAGCACGCUGACUGUGACGGUGGACGAUUACAACGACAACGCGCCAAGAUACAGUAAUUCUUUCUACAAAUUCACGUAUGCAGAAGACAUUACGGUUCCCACUUUGAUUGCUAAAAUAACUGGGACGGACGCUGACAUCCUUACCAAUGCAGCGAUCUCAUACUCAAUAUGUGGCGGAGAUUCUAACAAGACAUUUGAUUACACGGCAGGAAACCUAACGAUUAAGAAAAAGCUAGACUAUGAGACCACGCCCUCUUACACCCUGACCCUGUGCGCUGUGGACGGGGGCGUGCCCUCCCUGACAGGGACGACCGUGGUGUUCGUAGCCGUCUCCAACACCGAUGACAAUCUGCUCACGAUACAAGCCGGAGGGAACAUCGCUCUAACACUCCCCGAAGACGCCACUGUCGGUUCGAGAGUUCUUCAAAUCGCUGCCAGCGACGCCGACACGGGGUCAGAACUCUUCUUCGCCAUAACCUAUCAAUCGGUCGCCAACAUGUUUUCUAUCGGCGAGCACACGGGGGACCUGUUCCUGAACUACCCCUUGGAUCGGGAGUCGCUGUCGAAAUACUCAGUUAGGAUUAACGUGACGAACAACGCCGUGCCCGCGCGGAGCAACGCCACAGCUGUGAACAUCACGGUAGCGGACGUCAACGACAAUGAUCCGGUGUUCAGUGUGGGCAAUGCCGUGUUCUCUGCGGCUCACGGCACGCCGGCCAACACCUUGAUUGGAGCUCUGAAUGUCACAGACAAUGACCUGGGACUGAACGGAACUUUUGUGCUGGGCAUACUGGACGGAGACAACGCCCACGUCUUCAAGUUUAUCAACUCAAAUCUUUACUCUGCCGCUGUGCUGAGUGUGAGGGAUGCCAGCAUCUACAGCCUCACUGUAACAGCCACGGACAAGGGGAGCCCACCUCGGACUUCCACUGCUUACGUCACGGUUCUGAUUGAGCCGGAGUAUAAGCAGCCGUCCUUCAACCCGACGACCCAAUCUCUCUCGGAGGAAGAGACGUUGAGCCCAGGUAGUUUAUUGAUUCAGGUCAAGGCCACCUACUUGAACGCCUUGGACGGGGCGUCGGGUGACCUCGUGUACUCGAUCAUCAGCGGAAACACCAACAACGCAUUCUUCAUCGAACCUUACAAAGGUCACGUGCAGCUCUUGAAAUCGCUAAGUUACGCCACCAAUACGUACCACACGUUGGUGAUACUAGCACAGAACCGGUACAAGCCUUCCUUGAACAGCACCUUGACCCUGAACAUAACAGUGAUACAGGUCAAUCUUUACGCUCCCCAAUUCACCCAGGACCUGUACGUUUGGUCUAUAAACGAAAUAGCGGCGGUCGGGACCUCUGUUGGAACAAUCAGCACCACGGACAAUGACAAAGGUCAGUUCGGAGUCGUGACCUUCGCCAUAGAGUCCGGUGCGCCCUUCACCGUCAACGCAACGACCGGACGCAUCACUUCGACCAGCCUGCUGGAGUACUCCCAGGCCAAGAGCUACAACUUCUAUGCCAAAGCCGUGGACAACGCCGGCGACGCCAGCAAGACGUCGUACGUCGUCGUGGUGAUUAACGUCAAGGACUUCAACAACCACGCACCGGCUUUCACCAAGCCGUACUACAACAUCACGUUGCUGGAGAGUCUGGCCGUCGGGGAGGCCUUCGCAUCUGUUCUGGCCACCGACCUCGACUCUGGGACGUAUGGGACCAUCAAGUACAGCAUCAUUUCGGGUAACACUGCGUCGAAAUUUUCCUUAGACGAGGACACCGGGGCUCUAUCCCUGGCCGGUGCGCUGGACUACGAGACAUCAUUGCAAUACAUUCUCCUCAUUAAAGCCAAGGACCUGGGUACACCAGAACUUAACUCGACGAUACCCCUCCUAAUAACCGUCGCGAAUGUCAACGACAAGGCCCCUGUAUUCUCACCGACGCGCGUCAAUUUGGACAUCCCCAGCGACAGCCCCGCUCUCACAUACGUCUACACGGCCGCGGCGACGGAUAUCGACUUCGGGCUACCUUUGAGCUACCUCAUCGAGUCUGGAAAUGACCAGGGGCUUUUCAGCAUCGGUACCGUCACGGGGCAAAUCAAAACAUCGAGAUCUCUGGGCGGCUUCGAUGGCUUCUAUACGUUAACUGUUUGCGCAGUAGACAGAGGCGUGCCCUUUCUGACAGGAACUGUGACAGUUGUCAUAGCAGUUAAUCCCGUCAGCAUCUCACCCACAGGGUGGAGUAAUUUCACAGUUAAUGAGAACGAGCCGUCGGGAAGUUUCGUCGGAGUUAUCUACCCAUCAGAUGCGGGGAUCACUGGGUACACCAUAACGUGAGUCCACUUCUAAGUCAUACACCGCGCACUACUUUCUUUAGAGGAGAGUUGCCGUCAGUCUAUUUUUGUCAGUUAAAAUGUGUUUAGUCUCAUGAACUGUAUAUAGCUAAUCUCUAAAGUUGUUUGAGAAUGUAUGCUUCUAUUCUUUUGAAAGCAAAAACGAGAAGGGGUCGGAAGAAUUUUAAAACGUAUUUUUGUUUUUACAUUGAAUUAUUUUCUGUAGUCUUCUGUAAUGUUGAGUCGUCUGAAUUGAAUUUUACCACCCAAAACGACCGACUUACAUAUAUUACACGAAUGCAUACUUUUAAGACAUGUGUGUGUAUAUAUAUAUAUAUAUAUAUAUAUAUAUAUAUUUAAAAUUAUUAAUCUAAAUAUUUUUAAAUAUAUUUAUGUAUGCACAUCUCUUAGUGAUGUUGUGAGUAUUUUCUUGACCCAUACAAACUAUUGACCUCUACAAACCAUAUAUAUAUAUAUAUAUAUAUAUAUAUAUAUAUAUAUAUAUAUAUAUAUACACACACACACGUUGUACAAAAGUAUAUCCCCUUUUACUUUUGUGUCUUUAUAUAUAUAUAUAUAUAUAUAUAUAUAUAUCUUUUUGUUUUUUUGUGUGUGUUUUUUACAUAUACAAACAAUAUAUAUAUAUAUAACAAAUAUAUAUAUAUAUAUAUAUAUAUAUAUAUAUAUAUAUAUAUAUAUAUAUAUACACACUCACACGAUGAACAAGAAGAUAUCCCCAUUUACUUCCGUGUCUCUGUGUAUAAUGUAAAUAAACAUGUUCACUAUUUAAAACAAGCUUCAGACGACAGAGCAAAGAGAAUGCUAGGGCUGACAACUUUAAUUUCAUUCUGGCAAUUUCAGGGGCGGCAACUAUAACAACAGUUUUGAGAUAAGCUUCAAUAGCGACAAGUCUGCCACGCUGAGGACCAGAAGGUUGCUGGACAGAGAAGCUUAUCCCUACUACCAGCUGUUGGUCGCGAGAACUACGAGCAAUCCAAUAUCUCUUAGUGAUGUUGUGAGUAUUUUCUUGACCCAUACAAACCAUUGACCUCUACAAACCAUCGGCCCGACCCAUACAAACAAUUGACCCAUACAAACCAUCGACCAAUACAAACCAUUGAUCGAUAAAAAACUUUGACCCCUACAAAACAUCGACCCAUACAAACCAUUGACCCCUACAAAGCAUCGACCCAUACAAACCAUUGACCCCUACAAACCAAUGACACAUACAAUACUUUGAACCAUAAAAAUCUUGACCAAUACAAACCAUUGACUCCUACAAACCAUCGAACCGUACAAACCAUUGACCCCUACACACCAUUGACACAUACAAGACAUUGACCCAUAAAACCAUUGACUCAUACAAACCAAUGACACAUACAAUUCUUUGAACCAUAAAAACCUUGACCAAUGCAUACCAUUGAGCCCCAAAAACCAUCGACCCAUACAAAGCAUUGACCCAUACAAACCAUUGACCCAUACAAACCAUUGACCCACACAAACCAUUGACCCACACAAACCAUUGACCCACACAAACCAUUGACCCAUACAAACCAUUGACCCAUACAAACCAUUGACCCAUACAAACCAUUGACCCAUACAAACCAUUGACCCACACAAACCAUUGACCCACACAAACCAUUGACCCACACAAACCAUUGACCCAUACAAACCAUUGACCCAUACAAACCAUUGACCCAUACAAACUAUUGACCAAUACAAACUAUUUACCAAUACAAACUAUUUACCAAUACAAACUAUGGACCAAUACGAACUAUUGACCAAUACAAACCAUGCAAACAUUACCUUAUCUUCCUUCAACAACUUUAAAAAAAAAUUCAUCUCUCGAAGAAAGAGACGAGAGGAGGCUUCAUAAUCAAUUUGAUAAACAAACAACAGGAGGAUUCAGUGUGACAUAAGCCCAACGUGACUCAGCGUGACAUAAGCCAAAUGUGAUUCAGUGUGACAUAAGCCCAACGUGACUCAGCGUGACAUAAGCCAAAUGUGAUUCAGUGUGACAUAAGCCCAACGUGACUCAGCGUGACACAAGCCAAAUGUGAUUCAGUGUGACAUAAGCCCCACGUGACUCAGCGUGACACAAGCCAAAUGUGAUUCAGUGUGACAUAAGCCCCACGUGACUAAGCGUGACACAAGCCAAAUGUGAUUCAGUGUGACAUAAGCCCCCGUGACUCAGCGUGACACAAGCCAAAUAUGAUUCAUUGUAACAUAAGCCCCACGUGACUCAGCGUGACACAAGCCAAAUAUGAUUCAGUGUGACAUAAGCCCCACGUGACUCAGCGUGACACAAGCCAAAUGUGAUUCAGUGUGACAUGUUGUUUAGUCCUAUUAAUUCAACUUAAGUUGAUUUAAAAUAAAUAUCCAUGAUGAGAGGGAACAUUUUAUUAUAUUAUGUCAUGGUAAAAUGUUACUAUAUUGUGACAUGGUAAAAUAUAACUUUAUUAUAACAUAGAGAAAUGUUACUAUAAUGUAACAUGGAACAAUAUCAUUAUUUUAACUUGGGAAAAUAUUACUAUGUUAUAACAUAUGUAACAUAUUACUAUAUUGUAAUAUGUGGAACAUAUUUACACAUUCCUCAGACGGUUGUCAUCGAAGUACUUGAUCAGAACGACAACGCCCCUGUAUUCGGCCAGUCCCUGCUGUCCUUGUACGUGGUGGAGAACACGCCGUCGGGAAUCAGCUUGGGUCAGUUGAGCUGGAAGGACGCGGACAAUGGGGACAACGGCACGGUGGACGUGGCCAUAUCGCAGCAGUCAACACUCGGGGCCCAGUACUUCAGUCUCUCAAGCAGUGGUGUUCUCACCCUUAAAAAGUCCAUCAACUAUGAACAGAUUCGGUCGCUGAAAUUCUACGUCCUGGCCAGAGACCGCGGGACGCCGCAGAGGACAUCGACUGCAACGGUUACCGUGACAGUUCUUGAUGUCGUGGAAAAAAUCAAUUAUGAAGGUGAUGAUAAGUAACUCAUGUAAAUCGUUGAUUAAAAACGUUUUCUUCUAUUUUGGAUGGCCCACCAUCAAUGUAUUGAUCCUUCUGGCUCACACUAUUCCACGUUUAUUCACUCACACGUGUACUCAUCAAUACAUGUGUCCAAAAGCCACGCCCCAAAAUCAUUUCAAUCUCAUCACCAUGUAUUUGUUACAACACCCGCUGCUCUCUACGCGUGCAAUUUUUAUUUAACUCGGAGAAAAAAAAAACCUGGAGCGGCCUUCUCAGAUUCAAGUUCUGCCCGCGAAUGGCUUGAUCAUAACCAGAGGCGUAGCGAAAGGCGGGUAGGGGGGACAGAUAUCCCCGGGCGCCAGCUAGUUAGGGGCGCGAAUAUGUACUUUGAUAUUAUUUUAUUGAUGAAAAUAAUGGGUUUGAGAGUUGGAAAAAAAGACAAGGGGGCACUUUAAAAUGAAUCUUGUCCCUGGGCGCGAAUCCUUUCCCUGGGCGCCAAACACACUCGCAACGCCUCUGAUUAAAAUUAAACAUUUUCCCAAAAUUUCGCGAGAGAUUUAUAAAUGAAACAACGCCUAAAGACACAGUUUCUCGUAUUAAUCCUUUGUAUGCAUUUGGGAUUAUUUUUUGUAUUUUAAUAUUCUUAAGUCCCACACGCAUUUACACAUCGCAGAUUUAUUUCACCAACUAUUUCAGAAAAGAAACAAUUACUUACGAAAUUUAAAAAAAAGAACUUCAUUUAGCGCAGUUAUCAAAACUUUACUUCGUGAAAUCAGUGUCACCAUACUUCCUUUAUCUUCCCUUGGAAAAAAACAGGAAAACUCGACUUUAGGAGUUGGGGUAAAGGGGUGGGGCUGAAAAUUUGUUAGGAUGUGUUGUCAAUGGCGACGAGGCCGUGUGCCAAGUUGCAGCUCGAUUAGUUGACGGGAAGUGGAUCAAUUAGUCACCCGAACAAAAGCGAAGUUAAGACAAAGGGUUUUAAAAUGUACGCAAUGAUAUGGCCACUCGGCUGAAAUCUAAAGUUUGACCCAAUGUUUGACGUCACAGUGUUCAACUCUACGUCAUUCAUCUCACACGAGUUCCCCCACGACGCCGCCAAUGGUGACGUGGUGUGCACCCUGACCCCUGAGGACUUUGACUUGGACCCCACUGUUUCCAGGAGCAACAAGACGACUUCAGUUGGCUUUAACGUGUUCAACGUUUCCAGGUGAUGAACGCUUGUCACGUGAUACACUGGAUGAUUGAAUGCAAUCCAUUUUUUUUUUACAAACUUAGAAAAUAUUGUUUUUUGCUUUUUUUUUUUUUUUUUUUUUUUUUUUUUUUUUAAACUGUUACGUCUUUAGACCCCCUUUCAACCAAACUUCACUUUUAAGAGUUUUUUUUUUAAAUUUCAAAAAAUUUUUUUAUUUUUCUUUUUUUUUUUUUUUAUUUUUUUAUUUUUUUUUUUUUGCUUUUUUUUUUUUUUUUUUUUUUUUUUUUUUAUUAAACUGCUACGUCAUUAGACGCACUAUCAACCAAACUUCACUUUUAAGAGAUUUUUUUUUAAAAUUCAAAAAAUGAUUUUAUGUUUCUACUACAUUGUUUUGAGACAAAAUGAGACUUUUGUGAUUUUUAUAUAUUCUUUUUAUGCGUGAAGGACUCGUACUGGUUUUGCUAAAUGAAAUAAGUGUCAUAUGAGGGGAGAGAAAGGGGGGGGUGUCAGUUCAGAUUGAGGCACAUUUUUUAAUGAAUGAGUCUACUUUGGGAUUAAAACAUUUAUACAGUCGAACCCGCUUAUCUCGACAUCGUUUAACUCGCCAACACUGUUACGUCUGAAGUGGAACCGCCAAAUCCUCUCUUUUUCUCCUCGGUUUUGGUGAUUCUUUUACGUCGCCGAACCCUGAUAUCUCGAGCACAAAAGGCGGCAAAAUUUGCCACUUAACCUCGGUUAUCUCGAUCGUCAUGACCAGUCGCCGGCUUUGAACUCCGCAAGAAGAAAUAGCAAACAACAAAUAAAAAAUAAGAUUCUAGUUUCAUUUUGUUUCUCAUUUAAAAUUUGCUCUAAAUAACUGUAAUAUUUACAAAAAUAUUUAUUUUCACAUCAUGUACAUAAAUAAAAUUAAAUCACAUGUUUAAUAUAUUGCCGCCAAAUUCGUUUUCGAUGAUCUCGCUCAUCGGUUAUCUUGACCAUGGGCGCCCGCAGAAAACUUUCGGGGGGGGGGGCAAAAAAAAUCGAUUAACUUUCCGGGGGGGGGGGGCAAAAAUAUUUUAGUAAUGUUUUAUGACAUCAGCUUAGUCACUUUCUCUUUAUUUUCUCUUUACUUUAAUACAUUUUUUGUCUAUUUUUUUCUAAUUUUUUUUUUAUCCAAUCAAUCCGGGGGGGGGGCAAGUGCCCCCCCUUGCCCUUACCUGCGGGCGCCCAUGAUCUUGACGCUUUUUGGAAAAAUCCCGAGGCCGUCGACAUAACCGGUUUCCACUGUGUAACAAAGUGGCAUUUAAAGAGAUGAAGCCAUUUGCCAAAAUUAAUGUUAUACGACUUUAUAAAUAAAUAUUUUGUUUGACCGAAACAUUUUGUUUUUUCCAUUGACGUCUGCUUCUCGCUCUCGCCAACAGCUUUGCCAGUUCGGUGAUACUCAACAUGAAAGAGCGAGUCUUUGAGAACGGUCGCUACUUCCAGUGGAUGAUUCUGACCACUACCACACUAAAGGACGGCACGAAGUCCUACGUGGGUCUCAUACGGCUGGACACGUUCAACAAGGACAAGCAUUUGGUGGCAGUUACGACAGCCAUGGAUUUUGCUUCGUUGGGGGCCCAGAAGUAAGACCCGGACAAUUUUAUUUUUGCCAUAUCCGAAGUUAUGCCGUAUAGGGGUUAGAAUAGGAUGUUUUAUUACAUCAUACCAGGCGUAAGACAAUGACGUUUUAUUGUGUCAUACCAGGCGUAAGACAAUGACGUUUUAUUGUGUCAUACCAGGCGUAAGACAAUGAUGUUUUAUUGUGUCAUACCAGGCGUAAGACAAGGCUGUUUUAUUCUAUCAUACCAGGCAAUGUUGUUUUAUUGUGUCAUAGCAGGCGUAAGACAAGGAUGCUCUAUUACGCCAGGGAGAAAAUGUGUAGAGCUUUUGUUGUUUCCUCAAUUACACCACACACACACUGACCCAGAUGUUAAGGGUUAAUGAUUGUCACAUACAGACGGAGAUGUUAAGGGUUAAUGAUUGCCACACAUAUGAUUUAAUUAUUUUAAAGUCAAUAGUUUAACGAGUUCAAUGAGUCAAUGACAAUCAUGAUGAAAGCUUAUCAUGAUGAUAACUUUAAGAUGAAGAUAACUUCAGGAAUAUGGGCAAGAUUUUGUUUAAUAGUUCAUUAUUUUGAUGAAAAGUGGGACCCUAUGAUUAUGACCUCAUCGUGUCAGGACGAGAAUUGGUGUGCUAAGACGAGAGUUGGCGUGCCAGAAAUAGAGCGGGUGUGUCAGGACUAGAGUUGGCGCGUCAGGACUAGAGUUGGUGUGUCAGGACUAGAGUUAGCGUGUCAGGACUAGGGUUGGUGUGUCAGGACUAGGGUUGGUGUGUCAGGAGUAGGGUUGGUGUGUCAGGACUAGAGUUGGCGUGUCAGGACUAGAGUUGGUGUGUCAGGACUAGGGUUGGUGUGUCAGGACUAGAGUUGGCGUGUCAGGACUAGGGUUGGUGUGUCAGGACUAGAGUUGGUGUGUCAGGACUAGGGUUGGUGUGUCAGGACUAGGGUUGGUGUGUCAGGACUAGAGUUGGCGUGUCAGGACUAGAGUUGGUGUGUCAGGACUUGGGUUGGUGUGUCAGGACUAGGGUUGGUGAAAGGCAAUUUAAAUUAUCAACUGAACUAUAAGCUUUAUUAGAUAAUUUUGGUAGUUUUAACAAAUAAAAGAAUCUCACAAUUUGCUAACUCAGUUUUCAACACGAAAUAAUUUACGUUUCCACACAAGAGCAACAAGUAGAAUGAUAUAAAUGGUCUCAUUUGAUUCUAACAUGUUUUAAUUCUCCAGAUCCACGAUCAGAGACAGUCUACAGACCAAGUUCAGUAAACCCAACUAUGUGAAGAUCUGGGACAUCCAAUCGGUUGCAUCCACCACCGGCAGGAGGAGACUACUGGCUGACGAGUACGUAAUAUACUUGUGAUCGGUUCAUCAAUAAUUGGUUCAUCAAUGAUUGGUUCAUAGUAUUCGAUUCUAAACUAAGUCUGAUUUCUGUAACAAGUACUAUCUAAACAAGUGCUGUCUAUAACCAUGUAUAUCUUUUUGAGAGCUGCCUGUAAAAAAAAAUACCAUGUCUCUAUCCCACAGAUAUGUUACCCUAGUCAAUGUACGCAACUUAUCGAGUACUGUCUGUAAAAAACAAUGCCAUGUCUCUAUCCCACAGAUCUGUUGCCCUAGUCAAUGUACGCAACUUAUCGAGUACUGUCUGUAACAAACAAUGCCAUGUCUCUAUCCCACAGAUCUGUUGCCCUAGUUUUGGUGCUGGCCGACCAGGCAGCUGAUGACAUCAACAACGUUGAUCAGACGAAAUCUUUCUUGACACAGGACGCCAUCUUGUCUGUAGGUCUUGACCAACGACUCCUAAUUACUGUUUGCGAGACCGUUGAUAGCAGUCACAAGGAGAAAAAAAAUAUUUGCUAUUAAUAGAUUAUGGAGAGAUGUAAUUGUCUUAGCCAAUUUUUUUUCCCAGUCUUAACCCUAGUUAGAUGUGCCUAGGGUCCUCUACUGUGAGUUCACUUGUUAGAUGUGCCUAGGACCCUCUUAAGCUUUAAUACGGAACGUGUUCGUAGGGAUCCAAUUUUUAAUGUACUAUUUUUAAAGAAAUAAAUAUUCAUGAACACACAUUUCUGGCUAUCAAAGGUCAUGUGAAGCAUGUUUGUCGAUAUUAUUUGUUUUUCAUGCUAACAAAUUGCGUCAUAAGUUAGUUUUGCGUGUAAAAAAAAUUAGGAUGAACCCAAAAUCUAUUUUGUGUCAGGUAUAUAGUUCUAGUAUAGAUCCGCUUUCUAAAAAAUGCAACAAAAAAAAAUCAUGUAAUAAGAAAUAAAUGGUUCUAUUUUCAACGUGUAAUAUUCGAGCCAAUUACAAUGUUUUAAAAUUUACUAUGGUCCCCAAAUAUUCAAGAGGCAAAGGCCUCUCUGAGCUUCAAUCUGAGUGUUAAUAUUAUAAAAUGAAUGAAUGGGGCAAGAUGGGUUUUUAUUUCUAGUCUCAGGCAUCGUUAGAUUAGACUUUUGUCUAGAUCAGACAUCGGUAGACUUGACGGCUGUCUCGAUCAGACAUCGGUAGACUUGACGGCUGUCUAGAUCGAAACGGGCUCUGAAGACUUUACAAAUACGGUAUUAGAAGUUUUAAACUUGAGAAAACCCUUUAUUUCGUCUUUAGCAAAACACUUGGGCAUUACAUUAUUUACAGUAGUGGUUAUUGUGUCACUGCUCCAACAUCCAGGCACUUCAAGGUUCCAAAGACGGUACACCCGUGGCAGGACUGGACGCCUCCAUCAGUAAAGUGUUGCCCUAUCGUGACGUGGUUGAGGACAGCGGCCUCGACACGUCCAUGAUUGUCCUGAUCGUGUUCGCCUGCAUCGCUGGACUGGUCAUCAUCGGUGUGAUCAUAGCCCUCCUGGUUUAUUACUGCGUCAUCCGGAGGAAAAAGUGA